UAGUUCCAGUGUUUAACUGUAGAGGGCGCUCAGAUCUGACCCGCUUUUAAAUUCAUUUGACCGAGCGGAAGUAAAUCCUCUGUUUAUCCUAAGCAGGCAGGCAGUGGAGAAGUGUGUUGUUUUUCCUCCGAAAGUCGUUUCACGUUAAUCGCAGUUUGAUUUUGGCAAGAUGGGACGCAGAAAGUCCAAAAGAAAACCCCCUCCUAAGAAAAAGAUGACUGGAAACCUGGACACCCAGUUUACCUGCCCCUUCUGUAACCACGAGAAAUCAUGUGAUGUUAAGAUGGAAAGAAGUCGAAAUACGGGGAUAAUAUCGUGUACUGUGUGUCUAGAAGAAUUCCAGACGCCAAUAACCUAUCUCUCAGAGCCCGUGGACGUGUACAGUGAUUGGAUAGACGCCUGUGAAGCAGCCAAUCAGUAGUUUCGCUGGGUCAAACGUCACCGAUGACCAAAUACACUUAGGCAUUUUUGUUUGUUUGUUUUAAACCCAUGUUAUGAUUUUUGCUUAAAAAUGAUCUGAUAUUGCCACAGAUGGAGGUUCAGGCAUCAUUGAGAUCAUGGUUUAAAAUCCCGCCUUUUCCUGUUUGUUUAGUUUUAUAGAAAUGCUGAGAAAACGCCAGGGAUGUCAUUCAUUUCUAAAUAGGCAUUUUUCUUUUUUUUUUUUUUUUUUCCUUUUGUUUCUAAUCUUAGUUGUUACAAUUUAGGUUUUUAUAAGACCAUUUAGUGUCAAUAAAUGAUUUGCAUAUUCUCUCUUGUGAAAAAUUGUGGUCUGUUUCUGUUGUUUUUGAAUCAUUUAAGGGCCGUUUUCAACUAAAAACGGAAAACUUUUUAUGCAUUUUGUCCAUUUAUUUACACAACAAUGGUGUUUUUGGGCCUGAAAAUGCAAACUUCUGAAAAUAGACUUCAAAGUGCAAGUUUUUUUUUUUUUAAACGAUACAGUUAUCGUCUCCACGUAAACUACAAAAACACAAAUCUGAGAAAACAAUGACGUUGCGUAUUCCGUGUUCAGUCUAUAGGUGCGUAGUGUUUCUUUACAAAGUGACAUCGCCACCUGCUGGCCUGGCAUGAAUAAUGCAGCGUUUUUAGUCGUUUUUUUGCAGCUCCGUGUGAACUGAUCGUUUUGACAAUGCUGUACGCAAAACUUUUCAAAAAUGCAAAGGGAAAAUUUUCCAUUUUUAGUACGUUGUUUUUGUGUAAAUGUACCCUAAAAUGAAAUGUCUGUAAUGUUACAAAGAUGUCAGUGUUUUUCCAGUAUUCAUAUAAAUAAAGACAAGUAAUUUGAAAA